AUGAAUAAAAAAGAAAAGCAGAAAGCUAUUCUUGAUGUUUGUAAAGAGAAUAAAGUUGGUUUUGGUGCUCUUUUUGAGACCAAGGUGAAAAAUGAGAAGCUUCAGGAGGUUUUUGUGAAUAACUUCCAUAACUGGGACUAUUUUUCUAGUUCUAUCACAGCUGGUAGGAUUUUGGUUCUUUGGCAAGCUAAGUUUGUGAAGGUUGAAAUUUUACUUGAGGACUCUCAAUUAGUCCAUUGCAGGGUUAAAGUUUGUGGCCAGCAGGAGGUUUUCUAUGCCACAGUAGUCUAUGGUAGUAAUUCUAUGGGGGAAAGGAAACAUCUUUGGGAUAAGUUGGCUAGUAUUGGUCAUUUGAAACACCCUUGGAUUAUUUUUGGGGACUUUAAUGCUAUGUUUAGUUUCCAUGAUAGGAAUGGUGGGAGACAAAUUGUAGCUAAAGAUUUCUCUGAUGCUCAAAAUUGGUUGGCUUUAGGCCAAGUGGAUGAAUUCAAGUGCUCUGGGGCGCACUUUACCUGGUCUAAUAAACAUGAAGUUGGAGAUCGAAUUUAUUCUAAGCUAGAUCGAGUUUUUAUCAAUGACUAUUGGCUGGACAUUUUCCCUAAAUCUGAAGCUUGCUUCAAAUGGGACUAUAUUUCAGAUCAUAGCUACUGUGUGAUUAAAAGCCAGGAGUUGAAUAAGGUGGGGUUCAAACCCUUUAGAUAUUGCAAUCACUGGAUGUCCUAUAGAAGCUACAAGGAGACAGUUCUGAACAGCUGGUUUUCUUCUUUAGAUUCAGGAGGUGGUUUAUCUAAGAUUGUGCAGAAGCUGUUUCGGGUCAAACAUGUUUUAAAAAGAUUUAGUAGGGAAGUGGUGGGGGAUGUUGUCUUGGAUUACAAGUUGGCUAAGGAGGAUUUUAAUAUAGCUCAGGAAGCUUUGGCUUCUAACCCCUCUGACAUUCUGCUUCAGCUUGCUGUUACUCAGAAGCAAGAGAAUUUUUCUGUUAUGCUGAACAGGUACUUCCAUGCUAUUAUGAGGAAAAGAAGGUUGGAAAAUAGGAUUACUUCUUUCUGUGUUGGUGAUAAAAUUGAGGAUGAUUAUUCGACAGUAGUGGAGCAUUUUCUCAAUCAUUUCAGGAAGUUUAUGGGGAGUAGUAGUUCGGCCACUGAGGGUAUUGAUUUAAAUUGUUUGAACCAGGGUAGAAGGCUGUCUUUGGAGCAACAAGUCAGGUUAAUUCGGCCUUUUAGUAAGAAUGAUGUCAAGAAGGCACUUUUCAGCAUCCAUUCUUCUAAAAGCCCUGGGUUAGAUGGAUUUGGUUCAGGCUUUUACAAGGGAUUAUGGGAGUAUAUUGGAGAAGAUAUUACUCGGUCUGUGUUAGCUUUUUUCCAGGAUGGUGCUUUGCCUCCAUCGUUCAAUGAUACAGUGAUCUCUCUUGUUCCUAAGGUGACUGACCCGAAAUCAGCCAGUGAUUACAGACCAAUUGCCUGCUGUAAUACACUUUAUAAGUGUAUCUCGAAGAUGCUCUGCUCUAGGCUUUCGGAAGUGCUUCCUCUCCUUGUUCAUAGCAACCAAGGAGCUUUCAUAAAGAAUAGAUCUCUUGCGCAUAAUAUUUUGAUCUUUCAGGAUCUUCUCAAAGGUUAUACUAGGAAGCAUAUUUCAGCUAGGUGUAUAAUGAAGAUUGACCUUAGUAAAGCAUAUGAUACUGUUGAUUGGUGCUUUGUGGAGGAGCUGCUUAAGCAUCUUAGUUUUCCGUCUAGAUUUAUAGACUGGAUUCUGGUGUGUUUAAAAAGAACGAGAUAUUAUCUCCUCAUGAAUGGUAGGAUUCAGGGUUCUUUCAAAGGGGAAAAAGGCCUUCGUCAAGGAGACCGCAUAUCCCCCCUUUUGUUUGUUUUGAUAAUGGAGUAUCUUACCAGAUUAUUGGCUCAUAGUUCUGGUAAAAAAGGGUUUGGUUUUCACCCUUUGUGUAAGCAACUUGGGUUGACUAAUCUGUGUUUUGCAGAUGACUUGAUAUUAUUCUGUAAGGGCAAUCUCAGUUCAGUGACUCAUAUUCAAGAUGCUUUCAAGAAAUUCUGUUCUUCUACAGGUCUUUCAGCGAACAAAUCCAAAUCCCAUAUAUACUUUGGAGGAGUUAAAGAAGACAAUAAAAAGAAGAUUCUUGAGUUGAUGCAAAUAGAGGAAGGUUCUUUUCCUUUGAAAUACUUGGGAGUUCAACUUCGUCCUACUAAAUGGAAAGCGUCAGAUUGUGGGGUGAUUUUGGAUAAGCUGAAUAAAAAUCUCAAUUGUUGGGCGAGUAGAAAUCUGUCUUUUGCUGGGCGUGCUCAACUAAUUCACUCAGUUUUGCUUGGUAUCAGAAAUUUUUGGAUGAGCUUAUUCAUUCUGCCUUAUAAGAUCACAGCAGCCAUAGACAAAAGUUGUCGUGACUUCCUCUGGGGUGUCAAUGGUAACAGGAGCAAACUUCAUAUCCCUUCUUGGGAGAAAGUUUGUCUUCCUAAGAAUUUGGGUGGUAUUGGAUUUCGAGAAGGUAAGAAAUGGAAUAUGGCUUUGAUGGCGAAGUGUUUAUGGGCAAUCUCAAAUAAACAGGACUGCCUUUGGGUUAGGUGGAUUAACUCUGUCUAUCUUAAGGAUCAUUCUAUUUGGACUGUCCCUUUUAAACAUGACAUGAGCUGGUAUUUUAAGAAGCUACUGAGGCUUAGUCAGAUAAUUGAUACUUCUACAUUGAAGCAAGCUGAAAAGGGAGGUAAGUUUCGUGCCAAAAUUUUCUACUCUUCUCUUGUUUCUGCCCAGAAAGUUUCUUAUGCUAGAUCAGUGUGGAAUAAGCUGAUUGUGCCCAAGCAUAGAUUCAUUUAUUGGCAAAUUUUGAACAACCAUCUGCUUACUAGAGAUCAUCUGAGUCGCAUUUUGCCCAUCCAUUCUACUAUCUGUCCUGUUUGCGCUUCAGCAAAUGAAUCUCACAGCCACUUGUUUAUGGAAUGCAUCUUUUCUAGGAAAUUAUUUGGGGAAGUUAAUUGCUGGCUGGGUAUAUUUCAGUGGCCGAAAUCCUAUUUGGAGCUUCAGGUUUGGUGUAUGACAGCGAUCAAUUCACUGCAGAACCAAGUCAUUAAUGCUGUUUUUGCUGCCACUUUGUACUUUAUUUGGAAAAAUCGAAACAAGUGUAUUUUUGAGUAUGUUUGUUUUUCAGCUAGUAGUCUUAGCUUAGAAAUUAGGAAGAUUGUCAAAUAUAGAGUUUUGGGUCUGAGUUGCCUUUUUCCUAGUAAAAGGGACAAUUAUAUUCUCAAUGUUGUAAAGGGUUGGUAG